UGCUGGCCACCCAGUUCUACCCCCCCACACCAGGGGCGGGGAUUGGCUUGGCUCCCUGAGUCAGUUCCACCUCCACCCAAGCCAAAUCAAACCCGAGGCAGGAGCCGAAACUCACAGCCCCUCAAGACCUAUAGCCAGGUGAUGGAGGACGAGGAGAAGGCAGUGGGGAUCUUGUACAACACAGAAGUUGCUCGUUCUCCAUCCCCCGUCCGCUGCUGCUGGUUCCGCCUCCGCAGCUUGGCAGCUGCUAGCAUUAUCUGUGGCUGCUCCUGCCUGGGAGUUGUGGCCCUUGUGUUUGCCAUCAAGGCUGAAGAGCGGCAUAAGGCAGGCCGGUCCGAGGAGGCAGUGCACUGGGCGGCCCGGGCUCGGAGGUUCAUCCUAGCCAGCUUUGCUGUCUGGCUUAUGGUCCUCCUCCUGGGCCCUCUGCUGCUGUGGCUGCUCUCCUAUGCCAUCGCCCAAGCUGAGUGACCCUUGGUGUACCCUCUGCUAAAAAUCAGCCAAGACCUCCUGGAUCCCACAGUGUGCCAUGAUAGUGCCAGCAGUGGGACUUCCUGGCUAGAAGGAUGGUGCCUCUCAAAGCCCUAUCUAAAAUGAGACAGCAGCUGGAGACUGAUGGGGGGAGGUCAGCCUGCUCUCUUCUUUCAGUGCCCCAUAUCCCUGCGCGCCCUGCCCCAUCUGCCCCACCCUAGGACCUACCUGAAGGUGGGGUUGAAGACCAGGCCUGAUUUUAUUAGAAUUUGUUUUGUAAUAAAAGUCUUUUUUUAGUGUACAA